AUGGCUGAUGCAAGAGCUGAACUUAGUGCUGGUAACGCCAUCAAUCACCACCAACAAGCUAUGCCAAUAAAGAGAUUGAAAAUCCCAUUGGUUAUUUUUGGUCUAGCAAUCCUAAUAGGGCUGGGUGUUCUAGGAUUUAUCACAAUAAUUGUGCUGAGCUUGAAUCGAUUGUACUUAGCAAAUGCACCAUCAAAUAUCAUCGUAGACCAAUAUAAUGCAUAUCCAGCUGUACUCUACGUUUGGUCCGGACAAGAUAGAAGUGUAUCGAAUGCAGCUGAUUUUGUUGCCGUAGUGGAUUUCGAUGAAACUUCUACAUCCUAUGGGCAUAUUUUAAAGUAUGUGCCGCUUGUUUCAGACUCUUCGAAGAGUAUCGGACAAGCAGGAAACGGGCCACAUCAUUCCAGCAUUUCUUCCGAUGGAAAAUAUUUUAUUACUGGAGGUUUACUCAGUUUUCUCUUGAAACAAAAAGAAGUAUUUGUUUGGGGCGUUCCAUCGAACCCUGCCAAUGGACCCGAGUUCUUAUACGCACUGGAUGUACCAGGUGGUUGUCCAGGCGAAUUUUUACCUAUAGGUCAUGCCAAGUUUAUUGUCAGUAUGAUGUGUAGCGAAAGUGCAGUUAGUCCUGGUGAUAUGACUUUUAUUGAUGCUAGUACAGGCGUCUUCCAAUCGUUGUCGAAAGGUAAAUCUGCAUUUCAAAAUUUUAACCCUCGUGGAUUUGGUCGAGUCGAAAGUGGAUCAAACUCUACUGCUGAUUACAUCGAAGCCCUAUCAUUGACUGGUACUGAUGCGCCAAAAAUUAGUUUUCGAAAUACAGUUCGAUAUAUUUUGCCCGAUGGAAGUUUAGCACGGGCUUUUAAUUUCGAUGCUCCUAUAGAAGUAAGUACGACGAGUGGAGUCGGACAAGGCAUUGGUUUCAUGGAACUGAAAAAAAUUCCAAAUGAUCCACUCGACCGUUCCUUCGCGCAUGGAAACAAUACAAAUAAGUUGUACUUGUUGGGACCAGGAAUAUCUGAACCGAAGCUUGUUUAUGAUCUUUCUCAAGUGAGUGGUCAUAAGAAAGCAUUUGGCGCAGGAAUAACAUCAAUAUUUCUCAAUGGUAAGCGUUUGUUGAUGGCAUUUCAAAUGAGAUAUAUUAUUUUACUUGAUAUUACAAAACCUGAGACUCCAUCAAUUCUUCGAACAUUUGAUUUCUGUUCCGAUAAGUCGCUUAAGAAUGAACUCCUUCAAGUUUCAAGUAGCAAUCAAACGAUAACGUUUCGACAAUUCUGCGCACAAAAUAAGAAUAAGGCUGGUUCUCAUGUUCUCGUUCAUCCUAAAGGUGAAAGUCGAUUUAUCGUUAUUAAUUAUUUUCUUAAAGUCGGGUUCGCACAAUUUAAUGGUACUCGAACAGUACAUGCAUUUAAAUUGAACAAAAAACUAACAAAUUUUGAGUAUGCCUCUCGAUUUAAUCCAAACUUUCAAUUCGACUCGCCAUCGGCACCAGUACGUUCGACACUUUAUUCUCUCAAGGCUUAUCCACAUCAUUCUCAAUACAUAAAAUUAUAG